CACACUUUUCUUCUUUCACAGCACUCUGAUCUCUCUCUCUCUCUCUCUCUGUUACGACACAAUUUCUAACGACUCAUCUCCGACUUUUUGUUGUGUGUUUUCAACUUCAAGGAAGAAGAUGGAAACAAGAGCACUCAAUGUAGAGAUCAGUUCACAGGUAACGCCUCAAGGUCUGUCCUUAGGGUUAUUAAACUCUGUCUUCAUCAGUCAACGUCGGGAGAUCCAAGAAUUUCUCGUAGACGAGAGUGAUGAUGGUAACAUCACGAGUCUCGGCACUUACCUAGAUUCUUCUUCUUUUCCCGACAUGCUAUCCCUUCUCAGGCUCAAAGACUUUGAACCAACCACCGUUCAUCAACAAAUCAAGAAACGCUUCAACGACCCUGUCUUGUCCCGACUUGUCACCGACCAGAUUGUUCUCGAAUCCCAACGGAAAGACUUGCCACAAGGACCCUUGUUGAUCACGGUAUUCCUCAAAUUUACCAAGAAAGAGUACUUCGUGGCGCCUUUUAGUUCUGCUCCUUGGACGACAGCGAAAGUAGAAGGAUCUUGUGCGAUUUGUCUAGAGGAGAUGUCCGAAGAGUCGGAACAAGCCCUAUGCCAACCGCCUGGAUGCGUGCAUAUGUUUCAUGAAGAUUGCUUGACCCAUUGGUUGGAUCGACAUGACUCUUGCCCUCUCUGUCGCCAGUCCACAAACCCUUUAACCAACGAACCCAGUGAAGCUUUGAAGAAGUUAGGAAAAGGUUUCGAGUAAUGACCCGUGUCUUGCAAGUCUAAUUAGGGCAUUCUUUAAUUGUCUCAAUUAGGGUUUCUUUCAAUUCUCUUUUUUUUUUUCUGUACUGAUCUCCGUAAUAAUUUUGUUUGCAAAAAGUAUAAUUUUUAAUGAAAUUACUUUGCUUUAA